UACGGCGAGCAGGAGGACGAUGUUUAAGACUUCGCAUGUACUUUUUUUUUGGCUCAAGUCAGUGUGCACUGCUGUAGAGUUAGAGAUGCAAUCGGAGAAGUUGUAUGAAGUCGUUGGUUCGUCUUAGUUAAGACGCGGUUGCGGUUCUGUGGUCGUGGACUCUAGAAAAAGCUUUAAGAAAGACAUUCAUACAAACUGCGACGAGCACGCGGGGCGGAAAAGUUAGCUGCGUAACUUAGCCGCAAAGCUAAAAACAACUGUGGCUAGCUGCCGCCUGUCAACACGGUUCACUUCCUGUUACCAGCGCUAAGUGAAAGUUGCAUAUUAUUUACUGAGGUCAAGCUGCAUGUGGACCAGCAGUUAACAAUGCGAGACCAUGGUGGUCCUGAGAGAAGGACUGUGCCCUGGACUGGACGAGGACUUACUGCGAGACCUGCGUGCUGCUGAUAUUAAAACAGUGGAGGACCUGGUCUCAUCGGACAUCGAGGAACUUGCUCAGAAAUGUUCUGUGUCAUACAAGGCUCUGUUUGCCAUCCGCCGCGUGCUGCUGGCCCAACACACAGCUUUUCCUGUGUCAGGUGCCGAUCUGUAUGAGGAACUAUUGAGCUCAACAGCCAUCCUCUCCACUGGAAAUCCCAGCUUAGAUAAACUGCUUGAUUCAGGCUUGUAUACUGGAGAGAUAACAGAGCUGUCGGGAGGCCCAGGAAGUGGCAAAUCUCAGGUGUGUUUUCGUGUCGCAGUGCACAUUUCUUACCAACUGAAGCAGAGCGUAAUAUAUAUUGAUACGACAGGAGGACUCACUGCCGGCCGCUUGCUUCAGAUGCUGCAAGCCGAAACAAGUAACACAGAAGAGCAGAUGGAGGCUCUUCAGAGGAUCCACAUCUUUCGUUUGUUUGACAUCUUCUCCUUACUCGACUGUCUGUAUGGUCUUUGCAGUGGCGGGCUUCAGCAGGCAUCUGUUGGCGGCGGCUCUGCCAAAGCGGUGAUUGUGGACUCGGUGUCGGCUGUUAUCUCUCCUCUACUGGGAGGCAAACAAUAUGAAGGGAUGUCCUUGAUGACACAAGUGGCUGGAGUUCUCAAGACGAUGGCGAAGGAUUUCAACGUUGCCGCUUUAGUAACAAACCAUGUAACGAGAAGUGGCAGCGGGGAGGUGCAGCCCGGCCUUGGUGUGUCCUGGAGUCACAUCCCCAGAACCAGAGUCCUGCUGGAGCGAGUAGAGAAGGCCGUGGCUGUCAGCCGCUCCAGUUUGCGCUCUGCAACACUGAUCAAGUCUUCCAGACAGCCUUGUCACAUCAAAGAAGAGCUUGACUUGCAGUGGUGGAGUCGCUCUGGAGAAGGACCCUCCGGGAAGAGAAAACUGGAUGAGACGGAUUCCUGAGGAGAGCUGACUGUAAUCCUCUACCGAAAAGGUCUGACCAAAGGGAGGUACAACGCGCCUCUUGCGGAUACAUUCCCAGAUCCAGCUGGGUGUGACUCUCUGGGCCUGGCUGUUCACCUCAGGUUCAGCCAGAGUAUGUGUGGCUGAGGCGGUGUCGUAGUCCGGAACGAGGUCUCCGUCAUACGCCACAAAGUAGCGCUUCAGCUUGUCAAAGUCCUGCACUGAGAUGGGCAGGAAAAGCCUCACCCCGCUGAAGAUGUCCAUCAGUGUCUACAGGGGAAACCACAAAUGGUCAGCAGCAACUCAUUUUUAUAUUAAAUGAACAUUUUUCUGAUCAAUAACUUAGUCUGUAAAGUGUUUAGAAUAAAAAUACUCAUCUUGUGUUGUAAAAUGCCAACCAUGAAAAACGUGAAGUAUUCACAUUGUAAUGAUACGAAACUGUGAAAAUCAAGUCAUUCCUCACGAAUUCAUGAAGAUGCAACUAGCAAGUGAGUUAUUAAUCAUUCAACUGAUUGUCAACACUGUGGUGCGUGUUUUUUUUGUUUUGUUUUGUUCCCCCCCCCCAGAGCUAGUAAAAUGUCACUGAACUCAAGAACACUUCAUACAGUGAAAGUCAGAGGUUGUUUUGAAUAGCUGUGAGGAUAAAGAGCCAUUAAACCCCACAAACAGCAGAAUCUGAAUAUUUUUACAUCAAAUUAUUGACUUUUCUCCUCAGUUGCAUUUUCGAAAAAGCACUGUGACAGUUUCAGCGCAACUUGUUUGCGUACGGUUAAAUGAAGCGAGACCUGUUGCUGACCAACCUUGUCAUUUCUUGGCUCCAGCAGCUGAGAGGUUGCCUUUGUUUUGGUCUGGCCAUUGCUGUGUACACUUUCGCUCUUCUUGACCUGGUGGGAAACCGACAACAGUCAGUUCAUCCCUAUCGCGUGAGGUUUAGCCUGUGCAGCGCCAGUCCAGUGUCUCCCCACUGUCUGACAGCAUUACUGUAAUACUGCAAGUUCACUUCUGUCAUGUCAACACACUGUCUUUUCUGCACAGCCUACAAUACCUUCUUGGCAAUGGGUGCUUCUGCGCCAGGAGCGCGAGGCUGGGACUUCGCCGCCUUUGGUUUGGGUGGAGUGCUGUUGCCUGUAAAUUCAAUGCACGUUAUUAUUGCACUUAGUCACAUCACAUCGGGGUCUGUCAUUUUACCGGUUCAGUGCUCAUUCAACCAACACGUCCCUCUCACUGCAUUGCAGGUCAAAUUAAACUUGCCAAAUGAACCCUAUUCCACUGAAUAAAUACCAUACAUUUUA